GUGUGUGAUUAUGAGCAGCAGAAGAAAGAAAAUGUCCAAGAAGGUAAAAAUUCCCGAGGGAAUGUCAGAGACGGACUUCAAAGAAAUAUUGACAUCCUUUGAUGUGAUUGACACAAACAAAGAUGGCAGUCUGUCGAGGGCCGAGAUGAGGGAUGCAGCCAGAGUGGCCGGGAUGAACCCUACCGAUAAGGAACUAGAGGACUGGUUUAUAGCGGCCGAUACUAACGGUGAUGGUUUAAUCAGUUUGGAAGAGUACAUCAACAUCAUGUCGGAUAACUAUGUGACUGUGGACAUUGAGCAAGAGAGAAUGAAGACAGCAUUCAGAGUGAUAGAUAAGAACGGGGAUGGUAAAAUCUCCCUAGAGGAGUUCCGAACAGUCAUGUUGUUCAAUAAUGUGUUCACACAGGAGGAAGCCGAUAAGUUAUUCCAGGAAGUGGACUCCGAUGGAAAAGGAUAUAUCAAUUAUAAUGAUUUUAUUUCAAACCACAUGUAUGAUGUUCUCUUUUAAGAAACACGUUUCCUAGACUGAGUUUGAUGAUAAGAUGAUAUGAAGAGUAUACAGAAAAAUAA